AGGAAUCGAUCUGUGGUUCGAGCUCUUGUUAGCCGGCGUUGCUUCGCUUCGUCGUCGGAGGAACUCGCAAAGAGAAAUUACGCCAACGACCUGUCGGAGUACAACUCAGUCGUCAACUCCGUCACAGCUCAGCGCAGGCACUAUCUGCUGAGGGAUGUGUAUGAUGAUAUGAAGCUAGAUGGAGUGCAGCCUACAGCUGAUAUAUUCCAUUCAUUUGUUGUGGGAGUGAUGAAGGGAGCUCGCUUAAAUGAUGCUUUCUUUUUCCGUGAAGAAAUGAAGGCCAUGGGAAUUGCUCCAGAUGUGAACUUGUACAACUUUUUGAUUUCCACAUGUGGUAAAUGCAAGAAUGGAAAGGAAGCGAUCCGAGUCUACGAGGAGAUGAAGAGAUAUGAUGUUAAACCAAAUGGACAGACUUUUGUCUGCCUGCUCAAUGCCUGCGCUGUUUCUGGCCAAUUAGAUCUUGUGUAUGCGAUAGUUCGAGAUAUGACUGCUGCUGGUGUUGGUUUGAACCAGUUCUGCUAUGCAGGACUCAUAACUGCUCACUUAAACAAGCAGCCUAGACCAGCUAAUCUUUCUACCAAGAUUCUCGAGUUCGUGGAGCAGUCAAAAGGCUGGUCAUCAAUUGAUUCGUCAAGGAAGAGUGCAGAAGAUAUGAUGUUUAGCAUCAGUGAAGAAGAGCUGUACAAUAUUCCAACCGCUGAAUAUUCCCAUCGGAGCAGGUUUCUGCAGAGGAAUUUGACCGUGCACCACGUAGCAUUCAGUGCUCUCGCUGAUCUACAGGAUGUAAAAGCAACGGAAGCUCUUCUUGAGAUGCUUAAGAAAGACGGAAAAGACACUGACACUUACUGCGUCCUACAAAUUAUGAGGUGCUAUCUACACUCGAAAGACUUUAAAAAUGGUCUCAAAUGGUUUGAAGAUUACAUGAAAGACAAAACCCCUGCCAUGGAACUCUACACGACUCUCAUAGAGGGAGCCAUGACAGGAUACACCGAUGAAGGAAUGCAGAUUGCUCAAGACGCUCUGGUCAAGAUGAACGAUCGCAAUUUCUUCUUAGAGCCAAGAACUGGAAGCAAUUUGCUACUCAAAGCUGCUGGUGAAAAGACCGGUGGGUACACGGUUGCCAAUAUGAUAUGGGAUCUGAUGCAAGCUCGGAAUAUUCCACCCACACUAGCUGCUGUUGAAGCUUACUACAAGGGAUUAAAAGAACGUGAAAUACCAGAGGAUGAUCCGAGAUUGAUGUUAGUGACGCGUACAUACAAUAACCUGAGGCUUCAGCAAGGGACAUUGCCGAAUCGACGC